AUGAAUUUCGAAGACGAUUAUGUAAAACACUAAAUGCAGAACAUGAAAGGUGUAGUAAAGGUAUUGAUAUCUCUAAUUUUUAGAAAAAAGAUAGACAUCUAGUAGAAGAAAGUUUAAGAAAGGAGUAUUGUGAAUAAAACAAUAUCCAGUAUAUUCCUAAGGAAUAACAUAAGUAAGGAAAGGCAAAUGAAAAAUACACAUAUUAAGUAAAAGAUAAAAAUGAAGCUCGUGGAUAAUUGCGAUAAGAUGUUUAAAAAUAAUAAGAUAAUCAAUAAGAAAAAUAAUAACAAAGUAAAUAAUAAAGGCAAUAAAAAUAAAAUGAGUAAAGGGAAUAAAGAGAGGAAGGAGAUUAAAAAGAUAAUAAUAAAAAAAGUAACAAUUUUUAAAAUAGGAAAAAUAAUAAAUAAUAACACCAAAAAGGUUAAGGUUAAUAAGAUAAAUAAUAACACAAUGAAAAGUAGUAAAAUGAAAAAUAAGGAAAUAAUAAUUAAUAAAGACACCAGUCUCAUAAUAAUAACUAACCAUUUGUAUAUCCUUAUACCGAAGGAUAACAAAAUAAUGAUCAUAGGGAGGUGAAUGAUAACCAUAACGACAAAGAAAGGAGAAAUGAUAAGAGUAAUUAAUAAAAUAGGUAAAAUACCACUAAUAAUAAUAAUAAAAAUAGGAAUAAUAACAACUAAGAAAAUAAUAAUCAAUAAAGAAAUUAGAAUAAUAAAAGUAAUACUCAUCAAACUGAACAUAUUCACUAUAAAUAAGUGAGAAGAGACAGAAGAGCUGAAAAACAUAUUAGGUCAGUUUAAUCAGAUCAGAAUAAAUAAUUUAAUAAAAAAAGAUUCAAUCAUUAUAAAAAUAAUAAUUUUGAUGAUGAUUACAAUAGAUUAGAUGAGGAAAAUUCAUUUGAAGACGACUAUUAUUACAAAAAAGAAGAGAAAAAUUAAAAAUAAAAUUAUUAAAGAAGAGAGUAUGAUUAAUAUGGAUUUGAUAGAAAAAAUAAUAAUGAUAAAAGAAACAACAACAACAAUAACAAUAGAAAUUGGAAAGGAGGAAGAAACAAUAAAAAGAAUAGGAAGAAUUAAGAUUUUGAAGAAUAUUGGACAGAAAAAUAAAUUGAAAAAGGAAAAGCUGAAAAUGAUAUAUUUGAAGGGAUCUUCAUAGCUAAUGAAUUUACCAGAGAAAAGGCUACUAUUAAAUGUCCUAUAUUUAAGAAGAAAGUACAUAUUAAUUGUAAGAUAAUUAUUCUAAUUAAUAGCUUUUAUUGAAACAAAUAGAGCAUUUCACGGAGCUCUUGUUGCAUUCAAAAUUACAAAAAUAAAAAAGACUGAUGAAGAAUCUGAGGAUGAUUUUGAAGAAGAGAUCACUUAAUAAAUUCCAUUAAAGAAUAAAAAGAAUGAAAACAAAAAGGAAAUACAGUAGGAGAUAUCUGAAAAAGAAGAAAAUAACGAUGAUUGGGAAGAUGUUGAUAGCCAAUAAGAGGAAGAGGAUGACAUUUCGGAAGUAUCAGAUCUCUAUGUUGUUAAAAAGGUCCCAUUAACAAAACUUUAAAAAUUACAAAAAGCUCAACUUGUAGGUAAGGUUGUAGGAGUGAUAAAAAAUCCAUUAUAAAAUAGACACAUAAUUGGAAAGUUAAAAUUUGAUGAAAAAUAAAAAUCACAAGUUAAAGAAAUAAAAACUAAAGAGGAAUUAAUAAAUUAUUUAGAAUAGAAUUAUUAUAUCUCGUUUAAAUGUGUUAAUAAAAGAAUUUCAUUUUUCAAUGUGAAGAAUUUACUUACUUUUAAUUAUGAAUUGGAUAAUUAAGAACCUGUAUAAAAAUUCAUUGAUUAUGUUUCAUAAAGAUACUUUUCAGCGAAAUUCAUAUCAUGGGAAAAGAGAAGUCGAUACCCAUAUGUUGAAUUAAUUAAAGAGGUAGGAGUAUAAGGAAAUAUUGAUGUGGAAUGUGAGGCUAUAUUAAUAGAGAAUUCAGUUUAUGACAAUGAAUUUUCAGAAUCUUGUAAAGAAGAAAUGAAGGCAUUUACUCAUGAUUCUAUAGCUAAGGAAAGAGAGAAGAGAAUGGAUUUAACAAAGGAAUAUAUUUGUAGUAUAGAUCCUGUGACUGCCAGAGAUUUGGAUGAUGCAUUAAGUAUUAAUGAUUUAGGAAAUGGUAUUUACGAAAUUGGAGUACAUAUUGCUGAUGUUUCUCACUUUGUCCUUCCUAACAGUGAAGUAGAUAAGGAAGCAAUACUAAGAACUACUUCUGUAUAUUUAGUUCAUAAGGUAAUUCCUAUGUUACCUAGAAUUCUGUGUGAAGAGCUUUGUUCAUUGAAUAGAGAUGUUGAGAGAUUAGCAUUCUCUGUAUUCUUUAAGAUGACAAGUGAGGGAGAAGUGUUAUGGGAAAGUUUUAGAGCUGCAAAAUCAAUUAUUAAAAGUUGUGCAUAGUUGAGUUAUGAUAUUGUAAAUUAACUAAUUGUUGGUGAAAUUCAACAGUUUAGUUAAGGAGAAGCAAGAUAUAAAGUUGCUGAAGGGUUUGAUGAAAAUGUAUUGAAAGAUAAGGUUUUGUUGUUAAAUACAAUUGCAUAAAAGAGAAGAGAAAAAAGAUUGGAAGGAUCGUUAACUUUUGAAAAAAGCAAAUUAAGAUUUAUUCUUAAUUCUGAUUUAUUCCCCACCGGUUAUACAGAAGAAAAGAGAGGGCUUGCUCAAUUUAUGGUAGAAGAAUGGAUGUUGUUGGCUAAUUAAUUUGUUGGCAAGAAGUUGAUUUAAUAUGAUACAAAAACAGCUGUCCUUAGAUAACACAUUUCACCUAAGAAUGAAAAACUCGAUUAUUAUCGAAAAUUAUUAGAAGCUUGUGGAUUAGAAGAGAUGGCUAAAAAUUUGGAUGUUUCAACGUCUAGAAAUUUGAAAUUAACAAUGAAUAAGGUUAAUGAAAUUGAAUCUGAGGAAAUUAAAUUGGUUUUAGGGUUCCGUCUAUUAAAAUUAAUGGAAGCAGCUCAAUAUUUCGUUGUUGAUGAGACUCCAGAAAACGAAUGGAGACAUUAUGCCUUAGAUUUUGAUGUAUAUACACAUUUUACAUCUCCAAUAAGAAGAUAUCCUGAUGUUUUGGUACAUCGAAGAUUAUAAAUUGCUCUUGAAUAACAAGAGAUUGAUUAAACAGGAGAAACUAGGGAUAAAUUAAAGGCUAUUAUGUAACAUUGCAAUGACUGCAAAUUAAAUUCCAGAAGAGUAAGUGAUUAAUGCGAUUAAGUAUUUCUAUUAUAUAUUUUCUUAGUUAUUCUUAGCUUUGCUCUUAAAGGCAAAUCCAGUUGAAGUAGAUGGAUAUAUUCUCUCACUUAAUAAACAAUAAAUUGAAGUUAUCAUUCCAAAAUACAAUUUAGAAAGAGUAAAUCUAAAUUUAUAUAUAUUAUAGAAAGUUGAAUUAAGGAAUUUGAAGAAUACCUAUAAAUUCACAGUAGAGGAAAUUGGAGAGAACAAAUUUGAGUUGAUUGUUUCUUAUAAUGAUCCUGAUGAUGAAAAGGGAGUUAGAUUGUAUUUUAUCAAAGUAAAUUAUUUGAAUAUUUUAAUAGUAAUUUUAAUAAGUAAAAAUAAAAUUAUCAGGCACGGAUACAUUCCCAAUAGAAUAUUAAAUACAAAUAAUAAUUAAUAAUAAAGUUUUAAUUUGAUUUGUAUUUAUAUAAGUCACAC